GCGAACUGGGAGUGACAGUGAGUGCGUGCGUGUUGUACGUAAUGAGUGAACGGUCCCUACAAUGAGUGUUUGAGUCAAAGCCAAUGCAAUAAUUAAUAAUAAUUUGUUUGUUUGUGAGAAACGCUGUAAACGUUGCCAUCAUUUCAUUAAACCAUUCAUUCAUUUCUUUCUAUUUAUUUACCGUUCAAUUGGUUUGCCGUUAAUUGUAUUACAACUGAGAGGUGAUCGCAACCAAUGGCCAAAACAUACGACUAUUUAUUCAAACUCUUACUCAUCGGUGACUCCGGAGUGGGAAAGACAUGCAUUUUGUUCAGAUUCAGCGAAGACGCCUUCAACACCACUUUCAUCUCAACCAUCGGCAUCGACUUCAAGAUCCGGACCAUUGAAUUAGACGGCAAGAAGAUAAAGCUCCAGAUAUGGGACACCGCAGGACAGGAACGGUUCCGCACCAUAACGACGGCCUACUAUAGGGGAGCGAUGGGUAUUAUGUUGGUCUACGACGUGACAAACGACAAGUCCUUCGAGAACAUCAAGAACUGGAUCCGCAAUAUCGAAGAGCACGCGUCCAGUGAUGUCGAGAAAAUGAUUUUAGGCAACAAAUGCGAUGUCAAUGACAGGAGACAAGUGUCUCGCGAAAGAGGCGAACAGUUGGCCAUCGAGUAUGGCAUCAAAUUCAUGGAGACCAGCGCUAAGGCCAGUGUCAACGUCGAGGAGGCCUUCUUCGCCUUAGCCAAGGAUAUCAAGACAAAGAUGGAGAAAAAAUUGGUGAGUCAUCCGCACACCACGACCAACACACCCCGAGCCGACACUCCCGAUACCUACCAUUCCCUACCAUUCCCAACACAUGUCUAUUGUCUUUACAUUCUGUCUCUCUUUAUGUCUCUCUUCUCACAUUUGGUCGCAAUUUCUCUCUAUUUCUCAAUACUAUUGGCUUUCCUUUCAUUAGAAGGAGGCGUCAAACCCCACGCGCGGGAGUCAUCACUUGAGGGCUAAUGAGCCGACAAGAAAGCAGUCGAAAGUCUGGUUUUGUUCAAUACUCUAAAUAUUUUGUUUUUUAAUUUUUAAAUAUAUAUAAAAUAUUAAUAUUUUAAUUAAUUGUCGCGGAUAUCAUUAGAAAAGUAUUGUAAAUUCAAUUAAAGCCUUAUUUGAGUGCCUUUUAUUGAGAAUGAAAACAAAAUUUAUUACAAUUGUUGAAAUAUUACGGAC